CCUUGAUCAGAAGAAAUGGAAAUUCUCCUCUCUUCCAAAAACCCAUUCAUUAUAAAUAUCCACCCCUUUCAUCUUUCUUGACUUCCCCUCCCCUUUUCUUUCCUAGAUCCUUAUCAAAAAGGGUUCUCAAAAAAGUGUAGUGAUUAAAAAGAAAAAAAAAAUCUGGAAUAACAAAUUAUUAGGUAUGGUCUUCCCUUUCAUGAAGAACAAGUCCAAAAAAACUGUCUGUUGUCCUGAGGAUCAGUAUCAUCAUCAACACCACCAAAAUGAUGGGGAAAGCACAUCACCUCAUGAGGAAGUCACAGUGCUUACGGUUUGGAGGAAAUCACUCCUUUUGAGCUGUGAAGGGUUUACGGUGAUCGGCUCCGACGGGAAUUUAGUCUUCCGGGUGGAUAACUAUGCCGGAAGAUAUCGUCGGCCCAGCCAAGUUGUUCUGAUGGACGGAAAAGGAAUGCCUUUACUCACAUUGCUCCGUCGGAAGAAAUUCGGGCUGGUGGACAAUUGGCUGGUAUUUGAAGGAGAAAUUGAAGAUUGUAGUGACAAGAUCAUGAGUUCUAAAAAGCCCAUUUACAUCGUGAAGAAAAACUAUGUUUUACAUUCUAAUUUCGGGGUAUUGGCGUAUGUUUAUAGAGGAAUGUCUGAGAAAAGACAUUCAUACGUGAUUGAAGGAUCAUAUGCAAUUAGAUCCUGCAAAGUGUAUGAUGAAUCAAGAAGAGUUGUUGCUGAGAUUAAGAAGAAAGAAUCAAGCACAGGAGGCGUAAGCAGGUCUUUUGGUUUAGAAGUUUUUCAAUUAGUUGUGCAUCCAGGAUUUGAUUCUGGAUUUGCCAUGGCUCUGAUAUUACUGCUGGAUCAAAUGUUUACUUGAUUCAUUUUUCCAGUGUUUCAUUCCGCUUCGGGGAAUGUGUAUAUUUGUUAUUAGUAAUUCCUUUAGUCAAAUUUGUUGUGAAUUGCUUAAUUUAGAUUUUCUCCUGCUAAAAAAUGACUGACCAGUUUAAAUUUUCAUUUUUAUUACAAUUUGUAUAAGAGAAAUGUCAAACUAGACAAUAAUUUCGAAACAGAAAGAAUG